GCGGCGCAUCUUCAGUCCCGACUGAGAAGAGGAACGCGGAGUAGCUAUCUUUCUCAUCCUCGGACAGAUGAGUGACUGACUUCAUCUUCCAGGGACAAUAAAUGGGUUCAGUGUCAUCAGUUCUCAGCGUCUGGUAUACCUGUGUUUGGGUUGGCAAUUUUUUCAGCUUCACCUGCUAUUCACGUCGAAUGUCUAACAAAUAGCCUAGGCUACAACAGAACACGCAACAGCAGAGGAACACGUUACCGUUGGCAACAGAACAUCUGUUUGGACAUUUGGGACAGAUUCUCAGAAGACGUGUCUUCAUUCGAUUUACUUUCCUAGACCGACUUUUGAUAAGCACUGACUCGAUAAAUAGGAGAUAAACACUUAGAAAACGUAUUUUCAAGGCGUCAAUGAACUGACAAUACAUCAAAUUAGCCUUUUGAAACUGGAUGGAUAGAAUGUUUCAACUUCUUUAGAUAGACAGGUUUCCCCCAAUGAUGAUCAGCAAACCAUCGCCAAGGACUUUUAUCCUUUAUUAUAUGUUGUAUGCCGUCUGUACAUGAAAUUAGAAAUGUUUUGUUUCUUCAAAACCCGAGGAUAUUCCAGGAACAGGACGGGGUCUCGAAAUGGGAUACUAUCCCGACACCCCUCAAGGAUAUACUUCACCUUUAUUCUGCUGCUUCUCAUCUUCACACCUAGAGCAGAUUCUUCUUGGUGGUACAUUGGAGCCCUGGGUGCACGGGUGAUCUGUGACAACAUUCCAGGCCUGGUGAACAAGCAGCGCCAGCUGUGCCAGCGCCACCCGGAUCUCAUGCAGUCUAUUGGGGAGGGUGCCAAGGAGUGGAUCCGCGAGUGCCAGCACCAGUUUCGUCACCAUCGCUGGAACUGCAGCACGCUGGACCGAGACCACACUGUCUUUGGUAGGGUCAUGCUGCACAGUAGCCGGGAGGCAGCGUUUGUGUACGCCAUCUCCUCGGCGGGUGUGGUCUAUGCAAUUACCAGGGCCUGCAGCCAGGGGGAGCUCAAGAUCUGCAGCUGCGACGCCCACAAGCGAGGCCGAGCUAGAGACGACAGGGGCGACUUUGACUGGGGCGGCUGCAGCGACAACAUCAACUAUGGCAUCAAGUUCGCCAAGGCCUUUGUCGAUGCCAGGGAGAGGAUGGUGAAAGACGCUCGGGCGAUGAUGAAUCUACACAACAACCGCUGUGGGCGAAUGGCAGUGAAGCGCUUUAUGAAACUGGAGUGCAAGUGUCAUGGUGUCAGCGGCUCCUGCGCCCUCAGAACCUGCUGGUUGGCCAUGUCGGACUUCCGGAGGACCGGGGACUACCUCCGAAAGAAGUACAACACGGCCAUCGAGGUGACCAUGAACCAGGAUGGCACAGGGUUCAUGGUGGCUGACAAGGACUUCAAGGGAACCACCAAGAAUGAGCUGGUGUAUGUAGAAAACUCCCCUGACUACUGCCUCAUGGACAGAGCAGCAGGCUCCCUGGGCACGGCAGGGAGAGUCUGCAACAAGUCAUCCAGAGGCACGGACGGCUGCGAGGUCAUGUGUUGCGGACGGGGCUACGACACAAUGCGCGUCAAACGAGUCACCAAGUGCGAGUGCAAGUUCAAGUGGUGUUGCGCCGUGGAGUGCAAGGACUGCGAAGACAUGGUGGACGUUCACACCUGCAAGCCACACAAGAGACCCGAUUGGUUGGACCUAACCUGACCCUGAGGCCCAGCCUUUCAAAGGAUCUAGCAGUGGCCAACUGCAUUGUGGGAUAUGUAGUCCCUACUCCCGACUCAUUUCUGACCUCUGGCAUGGUUCUCAUUUGACAACCCCUUCUAAAGUGACAUCCGAAAUAACUUUUUGCCAAGGGGCCGUAUCCCAAUUUGGAUUGGAUGGUGCAGUACUGUAUGGUUCUGUUCUAUAGGAAGGCAGUCUAAGAGAGUGGUUGGGCCAGGAGAGGGGAUAGUUCCUAUUUAUGUUUUUGUUUGAUCUUGUUGAUCUGGGGAAAUACUAUUGUGUGCUGCUUCCAAGGUGGUGAGGACAGUUUUUUCUACAGAAAAUAAUUUACACAUGAUCUGUUGUGGACAUGCAACACAGGACAUUAUACUGUGAGCACACCAGAGAUGGAGUUAGGAUUGUUGCGUGGUGUAUGUGUUGUUGGUUUUUGCUUGGUUUAAGACUAUGUUCUCUUUCUAAACCGGUGACCACUUUGCUCAGUGUUUCAUUGGUGUUACAAUGAAAAGUGAUAAAGAACUGAAAUUGUACUCUGCUUGAGACACUGGACAUGGAAAGACUGACUUGUAUUCAGUAGUUAGGAGCGUGAACUUUCAGAAAAAAAGGACAUCAUGCCUCACCCGACUGGUCAAAUGCAUCAGAAUGGAUGUACAACAGAAAGUUAAUUCAACUCUAACAUCCAACUGUUACCACGGGCCAGAGAGCUGCACUAUGGACACUAAUAUAGCCCAAUAUUGAGCAAAGAAAUUCAUUUAAGCAAAUGUUUCUGUUAUAUGAGUUAAGUGAAACAAACAUUGUCGUCGACCGAGAUGGAUAGUAUGUCUUCUCUCCCUUUAGUGUGACAGUUACCCUAUCAACCUAUUAUUGUACGUGUUCCUAAAUGAAUACGGUAUGAUGGACGGUAGCUGUCAUCUCUUGCUCAUUAUUUAUCACUGGUUACUGAAGCUGCUAGCUGCUAUAUCUCCCAAGUUAGCAUUCUCACUAUGGGGCACUUUCAUUAUGCAUCCGUACGCAACACUAUAGUCAUUUCACUCUCAGGGUUGUUUUUUAGGCUACAUGGGGCUCUGACUGAUCUAUGAAAAAUGAAGUACUUUGUGAAACCCAGGCCAAGAUGUUGCAUGACGUAGAGGAGCUGAGAACCAGAAUUGAUCUUUCAAAUCAACAUUCACAAAUGCACAUAGGCCUAUAGGGCCUGCGGGAUAUGACCAAUCGAGACCGAACAAAUGGUACAACGAUUGACCGAAAGCAGUGAGGUCCACGUGACGAUCACAACUACUUGUUAAAGACGUUUGUAAGAUGAAUGAGAUUUCAGUUUAUGUUAAAAAGAUCGACAUUUUCAAAUGCAAAUUGCCAUUGAUAUGAUUUUAAUGCAAUGUUCUCAGAACGGUGGGGAGUCGCGGGCCAAGUUGUGCUGUGGUGUUAGUUGGAGUGUUAUUGUCACCUUGGGAGGACCCUAAAAUACCACACUUGUUCUAUAUUAAACCUUGUUGAUCCUUC